UGAAAAUCCCUUAAUUAGUACGGGUCCACUUAAAAUAAGAUAGUACUUAAUGAAAUUGGAAAAUUUCUCCGUUGCCAAUAAAACGCCAAGGAAGAAAUAACCCAGCGGUAAUCACACCGCAUUCUCUUAACCACCGCCAUGCACCGCCAUGAGGUGGAACUCCUCCUCCUCCUCCUCCUGAGUCUUCCUGCAGGAUUGCGAUUCACGGAGACGACGAUGAUCCACCACCGACGCCAGGAGGAAAGCUGACCGAUCGACUCCUCCAUGGAUGAAGCGCCACAGCGGCUACCAGAACAAGAAAUAACUGAAGCGGAAAAAGGAGAAGACGACGACGACGCCGAUUGGCUCCAACUGCGCCUCGCCAGGACCCCGCCGCCUGCAGCACUAGAAGGGAGAAGAAGUACUCCACAGACGCCGGCAACGACAGAGCUCCCUUUGCUCGACGGCGGCGGCCCGUCGUCUUCAUCGAAGGCCGUCGAGCCUCCGAUGAGGGUGGUCAGUCCGGCGAGAAGUCCAGCCGGCCUUUGGUUCAUGCUGCAGGUCGACCGAACUCGAGGAGAUCAACACCCUCCAUUGCCUCAGAUCGCGAAGAGCUACCUGAGAAUAAGGGACGGUGGAAUGACAGUGAGACUGCUCAUGAAGUACAUAGUUAACAAGCUACGUCUAAACGUAGAGGAGGAAGCUGAGGUGGAGAUUACAUGUAGAAACCAAGUGCUUCAUCCCUCAUCGACACUUCAAUAUGUCCGUGAUAAUAUAUGGCGUGCCAGAGAGGCUGUGCUAAUACUUCCUGACUCGCCAAACAUUGACCAUGUCAUGAGACUGUUGUACAGGAGAAGAACAUCAGGAAUGACCAGAUGAAUGUAAUGUGAGUAAACAAUCUAUUAAUUGCUACUUGUAAAUUGAGGGACGUCAAUUCUUUCUCAUUUAAUUUGUUGGGCUCCACCAAAGGGUUGAUGCUCAUAUAAGAAAUUUUAUCAUCUCCAAAUUGAUGGAUAACUCUACACUUGCCGUUAAAUUUAAUGCUGUUGGAUAUUGAGACCUGAAAUUC